UAACACUGAAAAUAUAUACUUUUUUAUUACUUGUUUUAUUCCUGCCAAGUUGGCAACCUUGUAAUCAUUAUGGGAAUGAAUAGACAAUGUCGGGUCAGUUGUCUGCGUGAUAACAAAUGAAAGGUCUUCAUUGUUUUUGCCUGGCCGCGUUUCGCAAAACUCAAAAAAAUAUCUUUUGCUCUUUUUCCAAAAUGAGUCAUUCGGAUGUAUCAUUUAUCGAAGUUAAAGACCCAACAAAGCCUUCAGUUUUGUUUCACGAGUGGAUUCAAGAAGCCAAAAAGUUCGGGGGGAAAAUAUCUUUAAUGAAUUUAGCAACAGCUUCAAAAAAUGGAAAAGUGAGUAACAGAACGGUUGUAAUUCGAGAAAUAAUGCCUGAUGCAUCGCUGGCUUUCGCUGCUCAAGCGUACAGCAACAAAAUAAAAGACAUUAACGAGAACCCGCAAGUCGCCGCAACAAUUCUUAUACCGUAUGUUAAAAACGGUAAAAAUGUUAUUAAACAAAUAAGAUUGUCUGGGACUGCGGAAAAAUUGUCACAAGAACAAUGCAGGGCUUAUUUCGAAAAAGAAAGCCUGUCUUCGAAAAUACGGGCCUGGGUUUGCCAAAAAUGCGGCCCAGUUGACUGGAAAGACUUGAAGAGUGAACACGACCAACUUCUGAAGGAAGUUGUUGAAAAUAAAAAAGUUAUUGAAAUGCCCGAGACCCAAGUUGCCCACAAGAUCGUUCCGUACGAGUUCGAUUUUUACUUUUCGGAGGGCGAAGCAAUCGCUGAUCGAGUUUUGUUCAAACUGGUCGGUGCUAAGUGGGAUUGCCAACGAAUAAUGACGUAGGGUUCAAGUGAAUAUCAUUUGUAAUAAAAAUGUCUAUUAAAAAGUGUUUCGUUACUUCAAUAAAAUAACCAAAAGAAUGAUGA